CGCCGUUAGGUCAAGAUUUGCAUGUUAAAUUCAAUCAGUGGUUUAGUUUUUUUGUGGGAACAAUCUUACUCAUCAUUUUAUGGCCGGUUGUUGGAGUUUUUCUUCUGCAAUAUGGACUUACGCAUCAUAAUACUACAAAUUUCCUACAUCAUAAUAUUUGCAAAGAUGUUGGCAUUUGGAUUUAUCAGUCAAGAUGAACGGAAAUGUAAAUAUUUAAAAGUGGACAGAUUGCUGAAGAUAAAAUGCUUUGACAUGAAUUUAAGGGAAGUGCCCCAGUUCCUGAGUACAUCAGUUGAGGUAUUAGAUUUAGCAUUCAAUCGAAUAAAAAAACUCAAGAGGCACUCAUUCGAACGAUACGGAAAGAUUAAGUAUCUUUUGCUCUACGAAAAUAUGAUUCAGUCUGUGGAACCUGACACAUUUGCCCACUUGUCAUCGUUACAGGAGAUUGACUUAUCAAAUAAUGCUCUCUUGACAAUUCCAUUGGAAAUAUUUCAGCUGCCAUCGCUGAGAAAUCUUUAUGUCGAUAGCAAUGACUUAAUCAAUUUAAAUAGCGACUUGAAGAAACUGGAUAAACCAAUUCAAGCUCCAUUAGAAUAUUUAAAUGUAGCCGAAUGUGGUCUUCAAGAUCUUCCCGAUAUGGGUAUUGUACCAAAUCUUUGGCAAAUAAAUGCCUCAUCAAAUCCUCUCAAGGAAAUAACCACCGAAACCUUUGCCACAAUGUGCCAUCUUAAAAGUAUAGACUUAUUAAAAACACAAAUGCCAAAUUGUGCCUGCCAUCAAAUAGUAGAAUAUGUUAAUUUAAGAAAAAUUAAAAAUUCCUUUUUGCCUAUAUGCAAGACGCCUGGUGCUGAGCUAGAUGAAUGUCCACCACUGUACAAUAUAACAGUGGGGCUACCAGAAUUUGAACAGUGCAAUCAAGCAACUUUAAAUGCAGCUGCUAGAUCAACUUGGCUAACAAUAGCGGGUUGUUUGUGUGGAGCUUUUCUUGUUUUAUUAACUGUGUUAUACUGCAUAAAUCGUCGGAAACGUCGAAAGGAAAAGAAGAAAGAAAAGAAACGUUUCAUAAAUCCUACAAGCAAUGCAAAUCCACAAGAUGAAUUGCUAUGUGAUAAUGCGUAAAUGGGUGCCUUUAAUAUAAACAAAAUAUUAAUUGUUCAUUAAAAUUAGCUUUAAGCUUUUUUUUAUAUAAUUUUCAUGAAAUUUAAUUUUUAAGUUUUUCUGUCAGCUAUCUAUUGAAAUAUUUAUAAGAAGAAAUCUAUUUGUUAAGUUUGAUUUAAUUUUUGUCACCAAAUAACAUAGUUUUAAGUAGUUUCU